CUCACGCAUCCGCUCCCACACCACCACUCCACAGUCACAGCAGAGGAGGAGCAAGCGAGCGCCGAGCAGGGGGGGCAGCUAUGGAGGCGCGGAGGACGGCGAGAGCUCUCCUCGCGAGCUUCGUGCUCGCCGCGUUGGCCGCGCAGGCCUUCGUGGCCAUGGUCGAGUCCAGGGCCGAGAAGGCGAGCCAAGGCGACGACGUGAAGAAGCCGGACUGCGUGCCGGGGAUGGACCCGCGCUCGUUCCCAGGGAUCGGCGGCGGCAGCCACGGCGGCGGCAUCACGCCCGUCACGCCGUCGCACGGAGGCGGAGGCUCCACCGGGACGACGCCGCCGUCCCACAGCGGCAGCGGUGGGUACGUGCCAACGCCGUCGCACGGCGGCGGGACGACGCUGCCUUCCCCGUCCCACGGCGGCUUCGGCUCCUCUCCGGCGUCCCCCUCUACCGGCGGCGGCAGCGGUGGGUACGGCGGAUCCCCGUCCCACGGCGGCGGCUCCGGGUCCUCCCCGACGGCCCCGUCCACCGGCGGCGGCAGCGGCGGCUACGGUGGAUCUCCGUCCCACGGCGGCGGCGGCGCGUACGGUGGUGGGUCUCCGUCCUCCCCCGACGGCGGCGGUGGCGCCUACGGAGGCGGGUCGUCCCCCACGCCUGCCCAUGGUGGCGGUGGCGCCUACGGCGAUUCCCCCUCGCACGGCGGCGGCAUCGGGACCUCGUCGCCCACACCGUUCGUCCCCAUGGACCCCCACAGCUUCGGCUCCCUCCCGGGCUCCUGCGACUACUGGAGGUCGCACCCGAUGGAGAUCUGGUCGGCGAUCGGCGGGCGGUUCCCGAGCACGUCGCCGUCGUCGAUGGGCCACUUCUUCGGCGCGGCGGGCAGCAACGGCGGGUCGGACGUGAGCAUCCAGGACGCGCUGGCCAACACGCGGUCCGACGGCACGGGCGCGCUGCUACGCGAGGGCGCCGCCGCGCUGCUCAACUCCAUGACCCGCGCCGGCUUCCCCUACACGACGGAGCAGGUCCGCGACGCGUUCGCCGCGGCGGCCGCGGGCGGGUCCGACGGCGCCGCCGCCGCGCAGGCGGCCGCCUUCAGGAAGGCCAACGAGGGCAAGGCGUAGAGGUGGUGCGCGCGUACCAUACGUGCAUGUGGCGACGUGCCAGAUGAGAUGAUCGAGCGUCUGUGUACGUGCAUGAUAUGGUUAGCUGGAGUUCUCAGGUGCAUUUGCUGGGUUCGGCUGUUGGUUCGAUGGUUACGUACGUUGGUUGUGUGCGUGUAUGUGUUGCAUCGUUGAACACACCGACCUACUAGCUCAUUGUCUAGUACAGUAGCUCAAUGUGGUGUUUGUUUUGUUGUUGUUUUUUUUCGUUUGGAUCGAUCGGUUCUCCAUGAAUGAAUGAAUGAAUGAACGAAGCAAACUGCUACGUACUA